UUAUUUGUAAGUAUUUAUAGACUCCAAUACUCAUCUGGUAGAAAUAACGUUUGUAAGAUAAUCUAAUAGUAUUUACUAGCAACGAUGAGGAAACGAAGAUCUUAAAUCCUGCAAUUUCCAAAUUUAUUGAAGACUGUUUACCUAGUAUAGUACUGAUAGUUUAGUUUCGGGGUUGCUAGAGAAAGAUGCCAACAAGAGAGAGAAUCAAAAGACGGAUUUAAUUUAUUUAUUAUACAAUCAAUAUUAGUGUAUUUAGCUAUUUAUUAAUGUUUGAUUUGCGUUUUAUACAAUUUAUUUAAUGUGUCUAAUGGGGGAUGGACAAUAUGUCGAGCAAUGUGUCGUUACGAAACAAACAGAGGAAGGACAACCUUAUAGCCAGGAAACAGGAUAAGAGUCCAGAGAAGACGAUCAGAGGGACCCGCGGGGCUUAUCGAGGGAUACCGUCGACCUCCAAACGCGAUGAGGAGGAACCGGGCUCCACCGAGCGGCUGGAUAGGCCUAAAAAGUUUAUGCAGAAGAGUGGUUAUGGCCUGGGAAAGAGACCGGAGUUUCCGUUAAAGAAUCGGAAUGUGCAUUUAACGUCAUCACGAUAUGGACAGAUGACAACAGGUCUUCACGGCCACGGGCAUCAAAUCUCACAGCAGGGCCACCACCUCGACUCAUCCGUGUUACCGGCGAAGGAAAAGACUGUGCAUGUUAAGGAGAAAACUUUUAAGGUGGUGGUGGGCAGCGAGGUAGGGGUUAUGAAGACACCCGUAUUGGGUCCGAGGCCGUACAAUGCACUUGCGAUCAUACAUACCCAACAGAGUAAUACUUUUGAUAUGCUCAACUCGCUUACCACCAGCGUCGCUAGUCAACCAGUUGUAGGAGUGGGUGUGGGAGUAGGAGGGUAUCGUCGUCGCAGCUCAGGUCAGGGUGCCUUGUGUGAUCCUGAAUUGGAUGAUAGCGGAAACAAACUGGUCGCCAGGUUGGAGGAUGAUGCUUUUAUAUCAGAGCAGGAUUUGGAAGAAAACAUAGAAGAGAAUAAUAUCAUAGCUGCCUCCGCCACUGAUAAACCUGACGAUGAACCUGGUACAGAACAAUCACAAAAACAACAGAACGGUAUAGUCUACGAUCCUAUCUACGAGUUAGAUAAACUGGAGGAUAAAGACAAAGAUAAGGCCGAUAAGGAGGAUGAGGAAGAACCGAUUGGUGUCUCGCCCUGUGGCAGGUUUUUCAAGUACGACAAAGAGGUGGGUCGUGGAUCCUUUAAAACGGUCUAUCAUGGGCUGGAUACGCAAACGGGAGUCGCCGUGGCCUGGUGCGAGUUGCUGGAGAAAAAGUUGAAUAAAACGGAGCGUCUUCGGUUUCGCGAAGAGGCUGAUAUGUUGAAAAAACUACAGCACCCUAACAUUGUACGGUUCUACAAUUAUUGGGAAGGCACCGUCGCUAAGAAGAAGAAUAUUGUGCUCAUCACUGAACUAAUGGUCUCGGGAACUCUUAAAACAUAUCUGAAGAGGUUUAAGCGCCUUAAACCAAAAGUUCUUAAAUCGUGGUGUCGUCAGAUAUUGAAGGGGCUUAAUUUUCUUCACUCCAGAACACCGCCUAUAAUACACAGAGAUCUGAAAUGUGACAACAUAUUUAUCACCGGCACAACCGGUAGUGUGAAAAUCGGCGACCUGGGACUUGCUACGUUAAAGAAUAGGAGCUUCGCCAAGUCAGUCAUAGGUACGCCAGAAUUCAUGGCUCCGGAGAUGUACGAAGAGCACUACGAUGAGUCCGUAGACGUGUACGCGUUUGGUAUGUGCAUGCUCGAGAUGGCAACGGGCGAAUAUCCAUACAGCGAGUGUAGCGGACCUGCGCAGAUCUAUAAGAAAGUUGUCUCGGGAGUGAAGCCUCAAAGUCUGGAGAAGGUCAGCAUACCGGAAGUAAGGGAUAUCAUAGAACAGUGCAUACGACCGAACAAAACAGACAGGCCCAAAGUGAAAGAUCUCUUAAAUCACGAGUUCUUCGGCGAGGAUAUUGGUCUGAGGUUGGAGAUUGUGAGUCGGGACCUCGUGACGACAUCGGACAUCACAAAGAUACAGUUCCGUCUGAAGAUAAUCGAUCCUAAGAAACGGUCGUACACGCAUAAGGAAAAUGAAGCAAUCCAAUUCGAGUUCGACAUAGAGAAAGAUGAUUGUGAGGAAGUGGCCAACGAUAUGGCCAAGGCUGGCCUCAUCAUGGAGGAAGAUACAAGGAUCGUUUUCAAACUGCUUAAGUCGCAGCUGAUCAGUCUUAACCGAGAAAGAAGUGAGAAAAAGGCACAAAUGCUUUUUAACCAAGAAAUUCUUAAUGAACAGAAUCGCCAACAACAGCUUCUUUUAGAACAACAACUUAGACAGGUAAAGAUGAUCCAGAGCCAACAGCAGGCGGGCCCCGUAGAUCAAGUAAAGUCUAGUCUUUUGAAUGGUGUUGGUUCUCCUCCAGCCGCCCUGGCAGCUGUGCAGUUAGACCAACAAUCACAGCUAUUGCAAGCUCAACAACAGCUGCUACAACAUCAGUUCCAACAACAUCUGACAAACGAAGAGAAAGCCAUGAAACUCUUUCAACAGAAUCUCAUGCAGGCUCGUAUGUCUCCUUCGCUCAAUUCGGACCAGCACCUGUUGCAACAGCAGCAGCUCAUUGAACAAAAUAUUAAACAGCAGCAGGUGAUGAUGGAACAGAAUCUCCUUAGCCAAAAAAUGUUGGAGCAGUCAGUGCCAGGCCAGGUAUUCAUGGAUCAGCAACCGCAACACCUUUUAGAACAACAGCAGGCGCCUCUUCAGCAGAAUUUUUUGAAUCAACAGUUAGUAGCAAAUGAGAUCACAAAUUCUAAUCAGGCACUGCAGCAGCAAAUUAUUCAACAGCAGCAGAAUAUAAUAGUUCAGCAGGCCGCGGCGAUACAACAGAAACAAUUUGAGGAGCAGCUAACGGUUCAAGAGCAAGUGAUGGCAGGACCGCAAACGAAUCUCGUAACCGGCCAAGUUUUAGAUCCAUCACUUCAAAAUUUACAAAACAUUUUAGCCCAAAUUAUUCAUAGACCGGAUAAUUUACAAUCUAGAAAGGAAUCUGAAUCUGAACCUCAACAGCCACCUACGCAACAAGCGCAGCCGGUCGUCAGUCAACAAACAGAAAUGGUUGAAGUACAACAAAUCCCUCAAGAACAUGAAACCAUGCAGCAAAACACGAAUUUACUUAAUGUGCAAAUGCAACAUCACGCUAGUCAAAAUAUAAAUUUCGCCCAUAAUCAGCAAAACUUCUUCCAACCUAAUAUGCUAUCGGCGGCAGUCGACCCUACUCUUUUGGCGCAGCAGCAACAAGUUGCUCAAGCCCAACAUCAGGUUGCACAAGCGCAGCAGCAGUUAAAUAUGCAAAAACAAAUGCUCGCCCAACAACAACUUGUACUUCAACAACAGUUGAUAACACACCAACAACUUCAGAUGCCGGGACAAACGCUCUCUCCGCAGCAUAUUAGAAAUUUGCAACAACAACAAUAUUUAGCGCAACAGGAAUUACAGCUACAAACCCAACAGAACAUUAUUGAUCAGCAGAAUUUGGCAUUAUUAACUCAAAAGCAACAACUGAUGGGUCAGCAACAGCAGAAAGUCGAAGAAAUAUUGCGGGCGCAGCGGCCUAUGUACACGAGGCAAGGAUCUGAACAAAGCCAGAUGAGUGCCACUGAUAUUCACGAUCAACAACAGGGUCUAGUCACUGACCAGUACCAACAAAAACCGCCUCUGCAGCCACAGAUGUCUAUGGAUCAAAUGUAUCAAAACCAAUUCAUGGAAAAGCAAAUUCAGAAACAACCAUCCGAUGAACAGUACCACCCUCAAGUGCAUCCAAUGCAGGGCCAGUCUUUACCUCACAAUGUAUUGGCGCAAAACUUUAACUUGGUGCAGAACGAGAGGCAGAUAUCUAGUCAUGAAGGCACACCCGUGCAAAAUUAUUCUGCCAAUCCAAUGAUGUACCAGCAAAGUCAGACCAUGCAAAUGCAAAAUGUAUCCUAUAAACAAGUUGAAUCCUCGGCACCUGCAACUAUGACACAAAAUCCCCCCGUUACACAAUAUAUGGAGGUGCAGUCGUCGAUUCCUACAUCACAUCCUCAAAAUUCGCAGCAGAUCCAGCAAGAUAUUCAACAGAUGCAACAGCAAAUGCAACAACCACAAGCUCAACAGCAAAUCCAACCUUCAUCGCAACAACAAAUUCAGCAAUCUCAGAGCCAACAACAGCAAGUACCCCAACAAAUUCAACAAUCACAAUCCCAGCAACAAAUUCAACAAACGAUAUCUCAACAACAAAUGCAACCACAACAGAUUCAAACGCAACCUCAACAGCUUCAACCGCAAAUUUCGCAGCCCCAACAGCAAAUGCUUCAACAAUCUCAGCCUCAGCAGAUCCAGCAAUCGCAAGCGCAAAUGCAGCAACAGGCUCAAAUCCAGCAAACUCAACCGCAGCAGCUUCAGCAACCCUCACAGCAAAUUCCGCAAUCCCAACCUCAGCCCAUUGCGACCCAGCCUCAGACCCAUGCGCAAACUCAACCGGACCUGCCACAGCAAUUGCUAAUUAAGCCCGAAGAGAAUGGAAUUACUAGUAAGGAGCAGUUCCAUACUCCGAUGACGGACUUGCCUGCAGGCGCCCAAAUCGAUGGCAUGUGGCAGCCUGAGUUGGGAGCAGUCGAAGAGAAAAACACAGAGACACAACAAGAAAUGGGUACAUCGAUUCCUUCUCCGAUCGCAAGCGAAAAGAAGUCACGUGGUUCGAAGAAGCGGUCACGGGAAAAGGACAAAUUGCCCCGACUCACUGUACUCACCGUAUCAGAAAAUGGAACAGUUGUUGAGUGCCAGCUCGAGUCGAAGUCCAAAACCGUCACCUUUAAGUUUCACGUGCCCGAUGUUAAUCCUGAGGAUUUAGCUAGCAAUUUGGUUACAAACGACUUACUCCCCGAGUGGCAGAGUAGUGCAUUCACAGAAUGGAUUCGAGAUAUUGUGAGACAGUUGCAAGCUGAACCACACACUCAUGCUACUUUGAGGCUACAGAUAGAAAAGACGGACUACGACUCUGAAACAACAGAGAGAGAAGAGAAUCUUACAGACUCUAACCAGGAUAACUCUGAAUGCACUACACCCACGGCUUCACAAGACAAUAUCGCCUUGGAGUUAGACGGAGAACCCGCACCUGAUACUAGAACUGUACUCGAUACAUUGUCUAGGAAGAUCAGCACCGCGUCCUCCAUAGGUUCAAAUCAAUCUGAUGGGGGGCCCCUGGCACCGGAUCGUGCAGCUAGUAUAGAAUCGAAUGGCGAGAAAAAAUCACAAAAACCUUCUCGAAAAAUAUCGAGAUUUCUAGUCAGUCCUGUCGUCGAUCGCGGCGAGGACGUUCCCGACGAGAAGUCGGAAAAAUCCGCCUCCGAAACCGAAAAACCGGAAGUAAAGGAAACAAAAGAACCGCAAAUAAACGGUUUGCCCGAGACCGAAGUUCCGGAUUCAAAAUCCAAAGUCAUUCCCCCAGAAUUUGUUCCUACUCAUCAGUAUUCCUUACCGUCACACGCGCCACAGGCAAUGAUCGACCACCGCCCAGAAGUGAAACCCCAAGAGGUGCCUCAGACUCAGCCGAUAACAACCACUAUUCCUUCUAAUAUACAGGCUACAAUUGCCCAACCGUUGCCCUUCCAACCUAUUAAUCCCAUUCUGAAUAGCGCGCUACAGCCAAACCUUACUACUCCGUUACAAAUAGCGACAGACACCCCUUUGUUGGGGUUGAGCCAACUUGGAACUCCUUUGGGUGUUAACGGAGAUAUGGGGCUAAACUUAGGCCUACCCUUAGCUCCGGGUAUGGAUCCUGUGCUAGGCAGACUACACCUCAACCAGCCUAACUUGACUCCCACCCCAGCUGCAAGCGAAAUACUAGCAAAUGCUGAGAAUAUACAGCGGAUGAUUCUAAAACAGAAUAUUAUCAACCAACAACAAAAUUUAACGGGUCCAAACCUCCUCGGGUUACUGAAUCAGCCGCAGUUCCCACAGGCAGAUAUUGCUCUGCACAACAAUUUAUUAGUUGGACAACAAGCCGCGGCGGGCGGUCGGCUGGCUUACUUCGCGCCAAGAUACUACACGCCAAUGCUGGCCACCGCUAACGACCUCAUAGUCCAACAACCAAGUCUCCAGACAUCUGUGGGCCAACUUGGGGUCAGUCAGUCCAUAGGGUCAGGCUUCGGUCUAGGUUUAGGUCUAAAUCCGCCUCUGCAGCAAGGCCUCGCUCAAAGCCUGCAACAGAACAUAAAUCUUGCAUCACAAAACUUUGCGCUCAACCAGAAUCUUAUGGGGCAGAAUCUUGGACAAAAUUUAGGUCUAGCUGGUCAGAACUUAGGUUUAGGGGGACAGAAUCUCAUGGGUGGACAAAACUUAGGUCUGGGUGGACAGGCCCUUGGUCUGGGCGGGCAGAAUAUCUCCCUCAUGGGGCAAAAUUUGGGUCAACUGGUCGCGCAGAGGGCUGUUCACAAUGCACUCGCUAGGAGAGCCGUACAAAACAUGGAAAUGAGUAUGACGAACGUAAACUCAACGGACUCGACUCAACCGAGCACACCGAACAAAAGCCAGUCAUACAGCGAUUACAUGAUGUCACUUCAUAACAAAUUGGCCUCCAUCUCCAACAGUGUAAGUGGGCCCGUGUCGCCGCAGUCGCCGCUCGAGUACAGCCCGGCGCUUUCGCCCACUCAGAGGCACUCCCUGCCAGAUAAUAAGGUGGAUGGAGUUAUUAGCGACGUCGGUGAAACUGGCGAAAAUGGAGCAGCGAGACACGCGGCGAGAUUAGCGCAUCUUGAUCAUCAGCUCAGCAAGAUUAGUCUGCACUAUAAGCAUGCUGAUAAGGACGUGUAUAGUGAAGUUCAUGGAGCUGAUGAAAUGUUGUCGGGUGGCAUGAAUGACAAUGCUGUUAAUACCUACGAAGAAGAACUAAGCAGCGAAAUUGAUGGCAACCGACGGUUUCGAGUGGCGAGAGCUUCGCCACUCAGGAACUAUGCAUUAUGUCGGCUCUUACCCGAACACAUGCAUGGUAAAGACAAAAUCGAUCUAGUCCAAUCACAGGAAGGUACCGUCGUAGAGGGCGGCGAUGUCGAUGGCGAUGGGGACGCCGAUAACGACGCAGACGUUGAGGGUGAAACAUCAUGCGACAAUACGUCUUGGUGCGAAGAAAAUGCGCAUGACACGUACGUACUAACGGAUAGUACACGCUCGCGUACGUACGUCGUUGAGGACGCACUUGCUGGACAUAGAGUCGCGAUUAUGGAUCCUGCGCCUGUAACUAUAGUUGAAAAAAAGUUAAGUCCAGAUGAUUUACUAGAGGAGGGUGAGCAAUCAGAGCGAAGUUACUUAAUAAUAGACCCAUUGCGGGAUAUGACCUGUACUGUCAUUGACAACUCCCUGAGGCUGCACCGGGAAGCUGUCUUCACCCCAUUCGUGGAAAGCAGAUAUCAAAGUAAGCCGAUAGAAGGCGAGACAGUUCCUGUAAGCGAAGAGUUGUCAAGGUGGAAGGUAGCGGAGGGGGAUGAAGAGGGGCGAGGGGGGAGCGCGAGGCCGCGGCUAGUGGAGGGGCUCAGUGCGGGGUCCCUCGUCGCUGAUCUACUCAUCGAUGAAGCUCUCACUGAUAAAGUGCUGUGUCGUCAAGUAGUGUUGCUGUCAGUGCGUGGGCGCGCGGCGUCGUGACGCGGUCACCUGUACCUUAUAUUUAUUCUGUACCAUACUAUAUCUAUAUCAUUACUCGUUAAUUAUAUUCAUAUGUGAUAUCCGAAA